AUGGAGAACAACAAGUCCACCUUCGGCAGAUCCGUGUCAAUGCCGAUCUUUCAGAACCAACAGCAAGACGAACCUAAUGCGCAAAACAAUGGCGUAGCUGUGCAUGUCGACCAGUACGACGCGCUUCAACACUCGCCUGGCUUUCAGACCUUUCGCAAUCAGGCCAACAGUGUCUGGUCGAGAAACGGCAAUGGCUUCGCCAACCCGCUCUCAAAGAUCCACGAGACCAGGAACGACAUCGGUGCUGCCAAUGACGUUGGCAUGAGCGUCGAUGCACCUGGAGCAUGGGACACUGGCAUGGGAGGUACUUCAUCCAACACAACUGACUUUUCAACCUCGUCCUCGUCCUCGAUCAAGUCCGAAGCAACCAUCAGGGCGCAAACGGCAGAUGAUCUCAUCAAGAAUGAGCUUACGCUCGGCUUCAACGAUAACCAGAUCAACGCUGACACCGCAACUUCUGACGCAGAACCUAAGUCCGCGAAGUACGCUUUCAUGAGUCCUUCGGAUGGCGCUUUCAUGAAGUCGGGGCCAAAUGAGCAUCUCUCUUGCUCUUCCAUCGAAGACUUUGGUGUCAUCGGUGAAGGUCGCGCCCUGAACAACAGCAGCGAGGUUUCCCUAGGAAGUAAGACACCGCAGAAGAACUGGCUUCCUGGCCUUCAGCAUAGAUCGCCGGACACUGACAAAACCUCUCCGCCCAAAGACAGCGGCAUCUACGUUCCCGGCGGCUUUGGAAACCACCGCAAAAUGACCAGCCAGACGAUGCCGAGUGUUCCUUCACCUCUAGGUCCACAAGCUCUCCACAACCUCAGCGCUGCUCUCGCAACCCUGAUGUCGCCAGACUCACCCAUGCAGAGCUCUCCUCACCGCAACGGCCAGUACGGAAGAAAGGCCAAGAGGAGCCAGGAGAAAAUAGAUCUCCAUGUGCUCAAGGUCUCAGCUAAUGCUGUAGGUAGCCCUUAUCAUCGCAAGACACCUGCAUCCGGUCUCGGUCAUGCGCGCAACAUCACGGAUCCCUUCGUCGAGAACAACAGUAUGGGCGGCAGUUCGCCUGGAACCUCACCGUUCGGCACCCAUGCUCGUGAGGACAUGCCACUUCCUUCAACUCCCACAGUCCAAGUUCCUGCUACGCCUCCCUUCGAGGUCCGUGGCUCUCCGAGCGCGCAGCGCAACCAGAACAGGAACGGCUCAUCCAACUAUCUGGGCUUCAACUCGCCGCUCGCCCGCCGCGAUUUCCACGCCCCCAAUGCCCCAGUCUUCCAGCCAACUCCGUCCCUCCCAGCUGAUCUCCCCUUCGCCAACGGCACUGCUACCCGCGUUGACCUACCCAUUCCUCCCCCACCCCUCUCCACGGUCCAUGGCAAGCUACAACACACUCAGGAGACUCGCGACCGUCUCAACGAGCAGGCCAUCAUCCGCGCUGAAUGGAUCCGCACCGAGGCUGCCAAGAUCGCCCAGCUGAGUCGCCAGAUGUACGCCGCUGAGCAGCAGUUCCGCUCCACUGGUUCCAAGGAGGACUAUGAAGUCUGGCAGCGUCUCGCCGCGGAGUACGCCGAGGCCACGGAUCUGGAUAAGAGGCAGGAGGAGCGCAGGAACAUGUUCAUGCCGCCUGGUAUGACGGCCAUGCGCACUGGUGUCGAGAACCCCGGUGGUGACCAGUCUGCUGCGUUCGGACAGAGCGAGCGCGAGGGCAAGUUGCUUGGCUUCAAGCAGGCUUAUAUGGAGCGCAUCUGUGCGGAGAUGCAGAUCAGGAUGAACGAAAAGGCGGAAGAGGACGGCGAGGAGAUUACGAAGGAGAUGUUGGCGAUGCUGAAGAAGGAUGAGAAGAAGGUGCUUAGGCAGUAUCUGGCUGAUAGACUCAAGAAUACGGCUGAGCGUCGUGAUUGA